AUGGACGAGGCACAAAACGAUCGCGACGUCGAGUCGUAUGCCAAAGCGGAGGCGUCGUCGUCUGAUUUAUCCUUGCUGCCAUCACCGCCGAUCUUGUCAAUGUCAUCAUCGAUGGUGGUACCGGUCGCGAUCGCCGUUCUUUCAUUCGUCGUCAUGCGCCUAGGGAUCCUGGCGAUGCUAUGCGUUUUCGCUUUAUCUUUUGUAUUUCUUUGUCAUCCAGUCGUGCGUGAGUACCUUGAACUGGCAUUUCCUGGUGACCAUUCCGCGGCAAGUCAAGCAAGGCACGAACAUGAGACAGCACAAGUCCUUCGUGGACGGGCACAUGACAUUGUCUCUCUCCGUGGGAAUCAAGUCAAUUCAAGCCCUGACAAGUCGAAGAAAGGCAUUCGUAUGUCAAUUGAUUUGCUUCCUGCCACACUGCAGCCAGAAAUACGCCAUAUUCUGCGCCUGGUCCGCCGCGACUUCGUUCAGUCUUGGUUUGAUCCCAUAUCUUUCGGUUCGGCAUCGUUUCCCACAGAAGCGAUAUCGUGCAUGGAGCAUGUACUUGCGCAGAUCUCGCUGCGCCUUGAACAGUACGAUCGUGCCACGGUUGCGACAGAGCUGUCACUCACUGCCCUGUCUGUCAUUGUUACUGCGAUGCAAAAUAUGCGCUCGGAAGACGCGCCUGCGCCUGGACUCUGGGACAAUGCAUCCGCCCGUAUUGAAAGCUUGCGCACAUCCAUGUACACACUUUUGUCACAAAGCCUGCCAGAAGAAGAGAGACGCUCGUCAAUGGUCGUGGAGCUACUCUCUGAAGUCUUGUCGAAGCAGUUGUGGAGUGCACUUCAAACAUACAGUGAUCCUGAUGUGAUCAACGGCUAUAUUCUGCAAUAUGGAAAGAGAACAUCGUCCUCUAUGCAUGUCUCUCGGGAAGAAGAACCAGUGUUUGUUCAUGGUGCUGAUUCGAGCUCAUCUGGUGUUACGUCAAAAGAUCCUUCAUCGGCGUCACCACUACUAUCUGGUGAGCCAUUAAAGCCCAAUCAUGCACCCGAAGCUCCAAUAAAAAAUCUAGACACGCAUCCUGAUUCGACACUGACACAGUUAGAUCCGAAAACAACAUCGCCAUCGGAAUUGAGAUCAUCACCGUUGCCGACACGAGCACGGACGUCGCCCAAGGCGUCUACAAAAAGUUCAGGAGUGCAGGAUUUGCUGAUCGACUUGGAGUCCGAGCAUGCAUCCCAGGAAUCAUCAAACUGCGGACAAUCACUGCCCAGCUCGACCCUUCCAGACCCGCUCGAAGAUGUGCUUAGCGAGCUUCGAGAGUCGCGCUCUGAGCAAGAUCUUGACGUUCACGCGCCAGGACAUGGACACCGGUCGAGCGACGACGUCAUACCGAAUGAAACGCCCGCAUCUUGCGAUGAUAGUAUAUCCAACAGGUCACUAUUGUCAAAGAGCUCGCCUGGACCGGAUCGCUCUCCUAGACCGGCGCAUUCCCUCUCGAACAAUAGCCUCUCGUAUCCGAACAAGACUCUUCUGCAAACUGAGUCAAGGGACGUAGCAGAUAUGCCUGAACACUCAACAUCUCUGCCACCAAGUCCUUCUGAUACACAUGUUGCAUUACCCAGCUCUGCAGCCAAGAGAAAUGAGCGAUCGAAAGAAAAAGGUCCAGUUGAUUUCUUUUCGAGUCCGUGGGCAGCUCCGAUGAAUGUGCCUUCGCAAGUGUCGGAGCCACCACUUCCCCCGUCAAUUGAAGACAGUCGCGUAAUGAAAGAGUCUUACCAGGUACGAUAUCCGAAAAAGGUCCAGGAAGUUUUGUCCAGGAAGGACAGCGACGUAUAUGAUGCAUGGGGAUCGUAUUUGGCGGCCAUCGAUCCGACUGCAGAGCCCAGUGAAGGCGCUGUACUGAUCCAGCUUCAUGCGAACUUAGAAGCACUUGAUGCUGCCGCUACGCACGAGUCGAGUUCACCUGCUUUGUAUACUAGCGAUGUGCGCGCAAUUCUUCAGACUUCACUACCAAUGCUCCCUAAACAAAAUGCGACGAGCGAGCUGCGAUCCGCCAUGGAGUCAAUUCUCCAACAUGACAUGAUCGAGCCGCCCAUGCUCGUUCCCUUGCGCAAUGCCCUCCUUCGGCGUAUGCAGGCGCUGUAUGACAUGUUUUUGGCAAGUGUUCGCGGUAAACCGCAGCAAUCGUCUGAGCCUUCGUCAUUGAAUACUGCAUCAUGCGCGAAUUCUAACACGUACGAACCGCGCCGUAAGCGUCCGCAAGCGACGAUGUCGUCCAUAAAUGUACCGCGUAACAUUUCAGUUGUGGAUCUAAGUGCGAACGCUGAGCCAGAGCAUGUUGUUGACUCACGCACAAUGCAAGUGCUUGUGACGGUUGAGGAAGAGAGCGACGACGGCUCUGGCGGCUAUGCUGUCAUUCGCACAUGGCCGCAAUUUGAGGCACUGCAUGUCGAUUUGGUCAGAAUGUAUGAACGACGACCUGUGGGAUCUGGUAUGUCUGGUCCACCUGCGCUUCCAUCAAUCAAAGGGCUGACAAGCUCUGUUGCUUGUGAUGCGAUUCGCAGAUACUUGCUAGAGCUGCUGGCUCCGUCACAUGCACAAGAUGGCAUGGCUUGGUACAGCUCUACUCAAGCUGUGCAUCGUUUUCUCGACAAGACACGGGCGACAGACGAAGAAUCACGCGUCUGGAACAACUUAUUUAUGCCAGGUCUUGGUGGUAUGGGUCGCACAUUUGCCACAGGAUUUGCUGGGGCUGCUGGCUCAGCGCGCAGGGGGAUCGGCCAACUCGCCCCAACCCCGUCCCGCGCUGGACGCAUUUUUGGUUUGAGACCUGACAUGACUGAGACGCGACCAGCUGAAGCGCCAGCACCAAAUACUGAAAAACACGGAGUUGACAAGGGGUAUGGUCUAGCGUUUGUGCCUAGAAAGAAGAAAAAUGAUACGGAGCGCGUUGACGAAAUUCCAGAUGGCCACGCUGCCGGACGAGGCGACGACGUGCCUCUGAAACACGAUCUUGUGUCCAAGAACCAUGCAGAUUCAGUGAGUGAUUCAUACGAGAAUAAGCCCUAUGUUGAGACAGAGCCUCACCCAUCAUGCCCUACUUCUGAUUCAAAAGCGACAUCGGCUGCACCAUCAUUGUCGUUGUCCAAAGAGACGCACGUCCCAUACGAGACCAGGAAGCGGGGACCCAAAGCUGAAGGAGAGACAGCGUCGAAUGCUUCUUCAUCGAAAACUUCUCCAGCCACAAUAUCCAGUGAGCCAUGCCCCGAAGAGACCCCGUCGCUUCACGACAUCAAUGUUUUGCUGACGGCCGUCUUUGCUGUCACACGCGAAGCGCUCAACAUGCACAAAGCGUGGACUUUGCAGCGGGGUAUGCUGCGAAUCAUCGAGCAAUAUAUCCGCACGACCUACGUCAGCACAGUUUCCAAGACACUCUCGUACUUUGCAAGCAAGCUGUCACUGAAUGAACAAGCAUCUUGGUUGAAAUACUUGCGCGAAUCGUGGUGGCCGAAUGAUGUGUGGAACACAGAGACAACACCCAUUCGGACAGAGGAGGAGAUUCACACACGCUACCAGGAAGCACGCAAAGUAGUCCUGAGCUAUGCACCUCCGCAAGCUGCCUAUGCGCUGGGUAUUGGUGGUAAGCAGGCUGUUUGUGACGCCUUGACGACAGUCCACAAGGUGGUCACAGAUCCUAUGGUAUCGUUGGAUCUCCACUUAGCCCUGCUGCUUCGUGUGAUCGAUUUGGCAAUUGGCACAGCGAGUGCGCCUGCAUCGGGAAAGAAUCGGGCUAGGUCCAAUCGCUCAGCGGCCGCAGCUCGCUCAUAG